AUGUCAAGACAAACACAGAUUGAAUUACAUAUCUUUCUACUUAUUUUCUGGCUGCAACUGGCAGAGCCAACUUCGUCAAAUUUCCUCUAUAUACGGGGCACUAAUACUGGAAACCUAAUUGAUAGCGCCCUACAAGCUCUGCGCGAUGGUCAUGGUGGGAUGCUGGCUGAUGAAGUGUUCCAAUGCACUCUGGAGCCUAUCGUCAGGGUGCUUAGGCAAUCGGCAAAUAUUCGAUACAGCUCCCAAAAGUUCCAACGGUGCGGGGAUAAGAAACGAAGGAGAAGCGGAGCAACACUGGAUUCGUGGGCUUCCGCUACCCAAUAUAAUGAAUGGGGGGCUUUGGGCAAGCUUUGGUGGGCUUGGUCAUCUGUGGUGGGCGUCUUUAACAAAAAAUUAGCCCUGCAGCUCAGCCUUGGCGAGAAAACGAUAAUCUCCAUCACUUCGCAUAACUAG